AUGGGGAAAAAAGUUGAUGCCAAAAAGUUCACUUGGGUAAUUAAGGAUAUCUGCUCUCUCCAAUCAAGGAAAAUUUACUCGGAUGAAUUUGUCGUUGAUGGCUGCAAGUGGCGUCUUCUAGCCUUUCCUAAAGGAAAUGGUGUAGAGUAUUUUUCCUUGUAUCUAGCCGUUGCUGCUAGCAAAUUUUUGCCUCAUGGAUGGAGAAGACACGCAUAUUUUCACUUUACUGUAGGGAAUCAAGUCUAUGGAGUCCUCUCUCAAGCUAGAGGUACAAAACACUGGUUUGAUGCGAAUGCUUCGGACUUUGGUUUUACAUCAAUGCUUCCCCUGGAUAAAAUUCACGAAAAAGAUGGUGGAUUGCUGGUUAAUGGAGAUCUCACGAUUGUUGCCGAGGUAGCUGUUCUUGAAGUUAUUGGCAAACUAGACGUACCAGAGGAAUGUGAAGAGACAACCAAAGCUCUGAGCAAUUUAGAGGAAAGUAAUGGUGCGGAGUCUAAUGAUUCGCCCAAGGAAGCUUCAUUGGAAAAGGAAAACAUUGAUGUCAAUGGCUUUCGAGUCCUUCCUUCACAGGUGGGAACUGUGAGCUAUAUAUUUGAAAGACACCCCGACAUAGCAUCAGAGUUCCGUCCGAAGAAUCAGCAUUUGAGGUCAGCUUGCAUGAAUGUCCUCCUCAGCCUAAUCGAGACGAUGUGCCAGCCCAGUCAAGAACUGUCCGAGGAUGAUCUGGCAGACGCAAAUGCUGCUCUUGAUUACUUGGCAGACACAGGGAUGAAUCUGAGUUGGUUGGAUGAGAAACUGGACCUAUUGUCAGAAAAGAAGAAGAAGGAGGAAGCUGGUGAGACUCGGGUGCAAGAAAUAGAGGAAGAGUUGAAGAAAUUGAAGCUCAAGUGCGCAGACCUUGAAGUUCAGCUCGAGAAGGAGAAAGCAGAUGUGUCUGUAGCCAGAACUCCUUUCUCGUUCGAGGAUGUUGUUUAA